UCCUCUGACGGUGAAGAGUCUCUAAACUUCCCGAAAACCUGACUCAGUCCGGCAGCUCAGCAGCCCUCCAGUCGUCCCGUGAAAGCUUCACAAGAGACGAGACUCUGCUUUCUCUCCCGUCUGACACUAUUUCAAGUUAAAAGGGUUUUCAGCUAGGAUCAUGCCCCCAAAGAGACGAGCUACUUCUGCUGCUAAGACAGGUGGAAAGAAGGUAAAACAAGAGCCCGAGACACCAGCGCCCAAAGAUGCCUUCACCUCUACAAAAGAGGCCCUUCUGGCUGCAGGGUCACAGGUGAAAUGCAACAGGAAGGUGGAUGAUCUCUGCUCAGUGUCCGGAGAGGUACACGAUGACUAUGACUGCAUGCUCAAUCAGACCAACAUCGGGCAUAACAAUAACAAGUUUUAUGUCAAUCAAUUGAUUAAAGGAACCAAGCAAUACUAUACAUGGAACAGAUGGGGUAGAGUGGGGGAAGGUGGACAAUCCAAACUCAACACGUUUGAUAAUCUUGAAAAGGCUGUCAAGGACUUUGAAAAAAAGUUUAAGGACAAGACCAAGAACAACUGGAGCGAUCGGGCAAAUUUUGUUUCUCACCCUGGGAAGUACACCCUGAUUGAGGUGGAUGGAGAGCAGGAUGCUGAGGUCAAGGUGGACACUGUUGAUGGAAAGAAGGUCAAAGUCACAAAAAAUGUCCAACCUUGCAGCCUUGACAACCCCACCAAGAAGCUUAUCGAGCUUAUUUUCAGCAAUGACAUGUUCAAAGAGGCGAUGGAAUGCAUGAACCUAGACAUCAAGAAGAUGCCUUUGGGCAAACUCAGUAAAAUUCAGAUUGCAAAGGGCUUCGAAGUGUUGGAGGAGAUUGAGGCAGCCAUGAACAAAAAAAGCAGAAACACAAGACUGGAAGAACUCUCUUCGAAAUUCUUCACCACAAUCCCUCACAACUUUGGCCGGAACAGACCGCCAACCAUCGACGACAAAGAGAUUGUGAACCAGAAGAAGGAGAUGCUCAUGGUGCUGGCUGACAUAGAGAUCGCCCAAAAUCUGAAGUCAGAGACUGAAAAGUCUCAGGAAGAGAUGAUAGAGGAAGUUCCUCACCCUCUAGACCAGGACUACAGUUCUCUCAAAUGCCAUCUCACUCUAAUGGACAACAAAUCAGAUGCAUUCAAGAUCAUAGAAAAAUACCUGAAAGCAACUAAUAGCAACCCCAAAAUUGUCAAUGUUUGGGUUGUUGAUCGAGAGAUAGAGGGAGAGAGGUUUAAGGAGCAUGAUGAUCUGGAGAACCGCCGUCUUCUGUGGCACGGUACAAACAUAGCGGUGGUGGCAGCUAUUCUGAAGAGCGGUCUGAGGAUAAUGCCCCAUUCAGGAGGCCGUGUUGGUAGCGGUAUCUAUUUUGCGUCCGAAAACAGCAAAUCUGCAGUUUACGUGCGUGCCUCUAAAAAUACUGGAGUGAUGUUUUUGAGUGAGGUAGCCCUGGGCAAAGAACAUACCAUCACUAAAGACAACUGCUCCUUGAAGAAGGCCCCUGCCGGCUUUGACAGUGUGGUGGCGCGAGGGUCUGUGGAGCCAGAUCCAUCCAAGGACACCUUCAUCACCCUGGAGGGAAAGCAGGUUGCUGUGCCUCAGGGUGAGCCUUUAGAUCAGCCCCAGUUCAAAAACAGCCACUUCAGCAACAGUGAAUAUCUCAUCUACAAAGAGAGCCAGUGUCGCCUUCGCUACCUGCUGGAGCUUAAAAUGUAUUAACUCCACUCAAGGAAAGAAGUUCUUGAUUCCCUCUAUAUACAGUAAAGGGCUUUCAAGAAGCUUGGCUUUCUGUUUUCCUGUAAUAAUAAUAAUAAUUAUUAUUAUUAUAUGGUUUUUUGCUUUACUAUUACACCUAUUACUGGUGCAAAUGUCUCCAUUUGAUUCCUAAAUGACUUCUCUGUGCCUUAUAUAUUGCACUCUGUAUAACUGUUCUGAGUACUUAAGACUGCACUACUGUUAUUUCACAUGGUGCAAUGAAGCAAUUUACUUUUUUACUUCUCUAAGAUGCCUCUAUAUAUUUGCACAGUUUUGUUAGAAAUAACAUGAUGCACAUUAUGUUAUAUUUGCCAUCUUCUUCUAGUUUGAGUAGUUUAUGCAUUAUUUAAUCCAAGUAGAAAUGCUUAUAUAAACCUGUCCCGAGAGAGAAAAUAUCCGUAAGGAUUUUGCCGCAUGCCUUUGCAACUUUAGACAUUUUGAGUAAUGUUAAAUGGUAGAGUAGAAAAACGAUACUCUAUCCAUAGAUAUGUUUACAGUUAGUGAAGUUCAAUGUGUGGCUAAUGCUCAAUCACUGCUACCAGUCUAAUAUUGAAAGAAAGAAUCUGUGUUGCAAAGUAACACGUCAUGAAAAGCUUGAUCAAUGUCUUGAAGGUCUCCUGGCUAUGGUACAAAUGCAGCCAUGUGGUGUCAGUAAUGAGCAAGUCCAUUUGGAAUGUAAAUGCAUUUUUGCACUAAGACAUUACUUAAACCAAUGAUAAGUAAAUUAAACAAAAUUGUGCCUGCAA